GAAAACGAGCACGGGCCCUUGGAAUCGACAGGAUUAACAGCCACAAGUCGCCGUUUGCUAGGGUCUCUCCGGAGCUGUACUUCUACCACUCCACUAUAAUACCGGUAAUCUACCUGCAGUCGCCUUGGCACCUUGCGACUCGUGCCAUUAUAAUACGACGCUGCCUGGACUACUGAUUUCCCCUCGUGUGCGGAGAGGAAAUAAAGGAGGAGACAAUUCCAGUUGUCUUUGGCUUACACGCCUCCAAAACUCUCUGGUGCUUGGACCCGUCGCCCGUCCCGUCCAGAGCUCCAACGGCCCCCCCUGCCUACACUGGGCCAGUGUCUCAAUCCCUCAAUUACAGCGCCAACUCCACUGAAGCGCCCCCCCAAGGGAAAAUUGCCCUGAACCUAAAACCAAUACCUGCUGUGGAAAUGUUUUCGCAGCCAGUAUCGCCGACGGCUCCUGGGCUGACUUCAACGGUUUCGCCUUCGCCUUCCAGAACAAGCCGCCUGCGAGGGCUGAGCAUCCUGCGCAACUACACGCACAACCACCUCUUGUCGCGUGACAACAGCCAUCACGCAAACGGCAGCAACAGCAACAGCGGCGGCAGCUCGCCCUCAACCAGCCAGUCGGGCAGCGGCCUCACGCGGUCUGUCAGCUACACUCCCGUCACGACGACGACAACCACGACCACCACGACCACCACCUCCAACGCCACCACGAGCCCCAACAGACUGACGCUGGUGGCCACCUCUCCCGACUCCAGGGCUGCGGCUGCGAGCCAGGCCUCAAAUACCCCCGCCAGCCCGUUUGUCCAGGCCAGUGCCUCGUCAUCGUCGUCCGCCGCCGAAACGCCUUCAACCAUCGAAGAGCAUCCAGCCAUGGCUCGAUCCAACGAGGGCUCGAGCUCGUCCGACAACCAGCCAUCCAUCCGAUUCUCUGCAUACUACGACCCCCGAUCCACGCGGCCGUCGCUGUCCUUCCCGCCCGUCUCCAGGACGCUCUCCAACGGCGCUGAAGUCAUCCGCGUUGGACGUUAUUCCGAGCGCGAUAGCCACGCCCUAUCCAACGGGUCGGGAGCAGCCGCUCCCGUGGGCUUUAAGAGCAAGGUGGUGAGCCGUCGACAUUGCGAGUUCUGGUACGAGAACGGCAAGUGGUACAUCAAGGACGUCAAGAGCUCGUCGGGCACGUUCCUCAACCACAUCAGGCUGAGCCCGCCGUCACAGGAGAGUAAGGCGUUCCCGGUCAACGAUGGCGAUAUAGUACAGCUUGGCAUCGACUUUAAGGGAGGCGAGGAGAUGAUUUUCCGCUGCGUUAAGAUGAGGCUUGAACUUAACCGCGGAUGGCAGAAUAAGCCCAACACUUUCAACAUGGCCGCUCACAAGAGGCUUCGUACCAUGGCAACCACUGGAGCUGGCUCCGCAUCCAGCACAAACUCCCAAGACUGCUCCAUUUGCCUCAACUCGAUUGCACCUUGCCAAUCACUCUUUGUUGCUCCCUGCUCACACACAUGGCACUUCAAGUGCGUACGCGCCUUACUCACCUCUCCGCAAUACCCCAUCUUCAUCUGUCCCAACUGCCGUGCCGGCGCCGACCUGGAAGCCGACGUCGAAGACCCCUCUGACGAGUGGCAAAACCUCGAUGACUUUGAGGCUCCUGGAGAGGCGGCUGCCCCUACCACCAUCGAAACGAGCACCCCGGAAAUCGAACUGCCUCCACCCUCUCCCUCAGAGGAACCGCAUGAAGCAACGGUUCAAGAAACAGACACCAUGGACGUGACUGUCAAUUUUACUGCAGCAGCUAGCCCGGCCGAGAGCCCGAUCGAGAGCCCGACGGCACCGCACGCAACCUCCGAGCCGUUGCCCAUAAGAGGUGCCGGCCGUACCGGUCAUUUGCGAGAAAACGGUACCCCUUCGCCACCUGGCAGCGGGGCAGAGGGACUCAUCACACCUAGAAAUAAUGCAGGGCCGUGGGUGUUUGAUGGCAGGGCAGGCCGACAGCCAGCGAGUGACACAGCCGAGAUGCCGAGUCUCGAUUCUGCGGCAGACGCCGACAUGACUACGCAUGAAUCCAGCGACGACUCUGCCAGUCGGUAGCACCAAGUCGAGCAACUGGAGAGCUAUCUAAUUUCGGUGGUGUGUCUAUUGGUUUAUGGCGCCAGCACUUGUGGGCUGCUAAUCAUAAUGUAUCGUGUUUUCACUCUCAUGUUGUACUCCUUGUUCGUCGCAGCCUCUGCCUCGUGGGCAUGGGCGCAGACGCCUAUUGCAUCCAACUUGUUCGACCUGAUUUGCGCCUGGGGUGGAUUUGUCCUUUUCUUCAUGUCUUCUUGAUUUCACUGUUUUUUCUUCUCCUUUUUUCUCGUCGUUUUUGUGCGUGUUUGGAGUGUGGCGUGUCUCCAUGAAACGAACCGCAAAACAGACUUUUGGGCGUAUGGCGUCAUGAUAAAGCAUGGCUCAUUCUGGCCGCAACUGGGAGGGUGGAAAGCAUCUUUAGCAUGGGCACUAGCGCGGGAUAUGGUUAGAAAGCUACAAUUUUGAUUUGUCUAUUUCUCUCUCCCCGAGUCUCUAUUCCUUUUCUUCAUGGUUCGAUUUGCUUUUGGGGUGUUGAAAACUGGAAGAGGCUGUUACGUUACUGCUGUUCCGCAGCUUCAUUUUUCGCACGGUACGGAGUUUGCCGCCUGAUGACAUUUUUAUCGGCAUAUGGCGGCUGUUUUUCACGGUGCCAACUUAAGGGUAUAAGCUAAAGGAUUUGGGGGAAUUACUGCACUUGGGUGUAAGAGAGGGGGGAGAGAAUGGGAUCUCGAUUCCUAUACAAAAAAAGGGUCUUCUGGGAUUUCUCGGUCUUUUCGCAGCUUGUGAUUAGACGGCCGGAGUUUGCGUGGGAUAUGAUGUCAAUGUGGAAGCAUUUAACGGCGAUUGGCUGGGGAACUCUGGCUGGGAAUAUGGGACGGCAACAGCUCCGAGAUGCGGUUGUUUGGAGGCUUGGAAUUGCCUGCAUCCUCCAUUUCUGGGCUGUUGCUUGUCUGGUGAUACUAUCAAGUACAUACUAUACAGCAUCGGCCAUCUCUAAUAGUACAUGGUAAUCCGUACAUUUC